AUGUUCUCGAACCUCUCGGAGGUGGAUGCUUCGCUGUUCGUGGACGAUGGAGACCAUGGAGAGGAGGAUAUAGAGGAGAAUGACUUGUUCGAUGCUCUUCUUCAGGAUACCCCGGUGCAGGCCGUGGACACUGCGGCGCCGGCUGUUCUGGAGUUGCACCGGUUCGAUUCCACCCGCGCGCACUCGCGACCAGCCACGAACAGACCCCCGAAGCGGAAGCGCGCAGAGGACGUCUCGAGUAGCCGUGUGGCCACUCCCACCCUGGCAGACCUCUGGGCGCGAUCUCCGCCCAAGUCCUCAUCCUCUGCCACUUCGACCGACCUUGCACCCACGAACCACGACCGUGAGAGCAAACGACCCCGGUUCGAAUCCGGCCUACCGCACAAACAACAGACAAUUGGUACCGUAACGACUACCCCGGCUCCCAUGCCGACUACCACUGCUCCUAUGGCCACCACCACUGCUCCUAUGGCGACGGGCACUGCUCCCGUUGCGGCGGUGGACAAGGAUACACCAGCAAGAACCCAUCCAUCUGAACCGGAAGAGUUAACGCAAGGCCUUGACCAACUGGCGCCGGAGCCUGAUCAAUCGUCUGGACACUCGGUGCCGGAGCCUGAUCAAUCACCUGGACACUCGGUGCCGGAGCCUGAUCAAUCACCUGGACACUCGGUGCCGGAGCCUGAUCACUCUACGCAAACGCCGGAUCCUAACCAGUUGGCCCCGCAGCCUGAUCCGGUGCCUGAGCCGGUGCCUGAGCUGGAGCCGGUGCCUGAGCCGGUGCGUGAGCCGGAGCAGUGUUUUGUACCGCCGGUCCGGUUUCCGAACAUGGCUUGCAACCACUUAGGUGUGGAAAAAGUCAACGCCGCGUUCCCUGAGGAGUUGGACAUUGAGGGCAUGGCGGACUGGCAAGUAGCUGCGGAUCAGGUGCCCAUUUGUUGCGCCUGUUUAGAUGAGUUGUUCCCUGAAGACAAGGAGGAGGAGGUGCCGGAGGCGCUUCGGCAUUUGCUGCUAAAAGCCGAGGCUGAAGCUGGGAAGACGGGGGCGGGGAAGACGGAGAGCGGGAAGACAGAAAGCGGGAAGGCGACAGACGGGCGAGUGGGUUUGGUGUCGUCGUGUUAUCACAUGUACCACUAUGCGUGUAUCGAUCGGUGGGUGCAAACGGAGAACGCAUGUUGUCAGUGCAAACAGCGUUUUGGGAUGUUGGCAGUGUAUAGUGGUGAGGGCCGGAGGCUGGAGGUGAAGGCGGUGAGGAAGAAGUUGCAGUCGUUGACAGUUCGGGAAGAAGAGUUUGAUCCGAAUCAGCGAGUGUGUCAUCUAUGUCACGCCGUGGGUGACAAGGACAGUUUGAUGGAGUGCACGUCCUGCGAGGUGGCUGCGCAUUGGUACUGUCAGAGUCUUGAGGAGAUGCCCACCGUCGGAUGGCAGUGCCCGGACCAUCGGCCCCGGGCCGUGCAGCGGCGGCGAGAGGUGGAGGCCGAACUUGCCCAAAUCCGAUCUCGAAGGUCCGUGGCUCGUGCCCCGGGGCGUCCCCGCCCGAGCCCUUCAGGACCCGGAGGGGGAUCUGGAGGGGGGCGAGGCGGCGGAAUGAGGAAUGGGGGCACUCGACGAGGUCGGGCACGGGCCCUGGGCGAACGACUACUGGACGAGUUAACUGCCGCCGGCCCGGCAAGAGGCGAGGGCGCCGGCAUCUCGCAGUUCGUCUCCGGCUACCUGCCAGCCGGCCUCGUCCGGGAUGCCUUCAACCAGUUCUUCGACCCCAGCGCCAGCAGCUACCAUGACUUCAACUAUGUCACCAGCAAACCAGAGGCCACCGUCCAAACCAAGAGCGAGAUCACGGACCUUUUGCUCGGCAACGUCAGCCAGGCCGAAUUGCGGGGACAGACCGCGGCGCGGAAUAGACUUACAGGCAACUGCCAUCCAGGUAAGAGCGGGGGAGGCCAAGGCACUCAAGGUGGGGGUGGUCAAGGUGGGGGUGGUCAAGGCAGUGGUGGCCAAGGUAUCGGCGGUGGUGGUCAUGGUAAUAACGCUAGGACCGAACGCAGUAUCACAGCUAGCAUAGGUCUGCAGACAGGGUUUAUCAGCUCAGCUAGCGCUCAGGAUGAACGGAACUUGCUGCCUCACGAACUCAUCCAACGAGCCGACCAACAUAGCGAAAGGGCUGCCGUGUACCGACUCAAGGAAAAGGAGCACAAGGACAAGGUCGUCUACUACCAACGCUGCGCCCAAAAACUUAAGCGACGGCCCGAUGAGACAGGACGACCCGAUGAAGCCGGGCGACCCGAUGAAGCCGGGCGACCCUCACUUACCGAUAUUACUCAGAAGCUGGAAGAACACCAAGUCAAGCAAGCGCAAUAUCGUCUAAGGGCUGAGGAGCACGAAACUCGCGCCGAGGAAUUGCGGAAGAAACAUGAAGCAGACUCCAUGGAACGAUUUGUCUUCGAUCGACGACCCUCCAUUGAUCGACGACCCUCCAUUGACCGACGACCGUCCAGCGCUCCAGGGCCGCCACCCGGUGACCGACGACCACCCACUGAACGACGAUCAACCAGCGGUCAUGACCAACGAUCAAACAGCGGUCAUGACCAAAGAUCAACCAGUGGCCGUGGCCAACGAUCAACCAGUGGCCGUGACCAACGAUCAACCAGUGGCCGUGACCAACGAUCAAACCAAAAUACAUCAGCUUCGGCCAAAAAACUUGCCGAUCCACUUGAGGCUGCACUCGCAGGACUACAGAAGUUCGCUGCCAAGAAACAAGUAGCGCAUUCAAGAGGGAAAGGAAUCUCCGACGCCGAGAGCCUCAACAUAUUUCGUUGA